AAAAGUCGGUUUAUGUUGUAAAUUGGAAUUGAAUGACGAGGAAAUAUAUUGUAUAAAAGUUAUAUUUAUUUAAUUAAUUUACGAUUUCUUAAUUUAAUAAAACUCAUUAUUUUUUUUAAUCAUCAAGGCGAACGCCAUUUUGUUCUGUCAACGCAACAUUGAAGAUAGAAUUCUUGAACGAAAAAGUGCCAAAACCCGCGGUUAUUUUAAGUUCCGAUUUAAUCAGUUUAUUAUAAACACAAAACUUCCUAAAAUGAUAGACGAUAUUUGUAUAAAUACUCUUGUGUCUAAUGUCGUAGCAGAGAAUCGUUUUAGUCACUGCAGGUUAUGUCUGUGUCUGAUUCAAGACCAAUACGUACGUUUCACCGAUAAAGUAUCACUGGAUCCUGAAAACGAUAUAUUUCAACCACUUAAUGAAGUUCUUAUAAAAUUAUUUGGUAACAAUGUUUGCGAUGAAGUUCCAGGGAUUGAUGCGGUGUGCACGUCUUGUGUGGACAAAGUUCUGGAAACUGCAAGAUUCAUGAAGCUAUGCGAAAAGUCGACUAACUUGAUAAACAAAGUAUUCAACAAUCUCUCCAAGGCAUUAAAUGUGGACAUCGGUUCAAAAAAGGAAAACCAAACUCUGUACAUAGUUGUUGAAGAAAAUAAUUCACAAUUACUUUGGAUGAAAAAAGAAGAAAAGCGGAGGAAAAAGAAGUAUAUAGAAAAUGAAUAUUUUGAUUGUAACAACUGUAAUAAAAUAUUUGGGAGUUGCUUGGAAUUUAAAGCUCAUAACCUAGCUGUACAUGAUAUUUUCACAUGUGACAAGUGUUAUGACACUUUCCUAAGUGACAAUGAGCUUACAAUACAUGAGAGUACAGUACACAGGUACCAAUGCCCUGAUUGUUCCCAGUGCUUGUCAUCUGAGACUGAAUUUAAUGAACAUCAUGAAAAAAUCCACAGCAUUGUGGUAUGCCCAGAGUGUGGUAAAAUUUGCCAUGGCACGGAUAAAUUAAGAAUACAUGAACAAAAACAUAGUCAAAAAUUUUCGUGUCCUAAAUGUAGUAAAAAGUAUACAACUAGAGAUUUUUACACAAAACAUGUUAAACUUUGUGUCAAAGGUCUUAUAGACCCUCACCCGACAAGGAAUACUAGAAAAGACUACUCAUGUGAGAAAUGUGCCAAAGCGUAUGGCACUCCGGGUGGCUUAAGAGUACACAAUAGGUUUGUCCACGGCAAUGCCAAGCCUCAUAUUUGUCAUGAAUGUGGCAAACAGUUUACUGCUCCUAGCUAUUUAAAAAUUCAUAUGAUUAAACAUACAGGUGAAAAAAACUUUGUAUGUGACUUAUGUGGAGGCAGAUUUGUCUCUAAGGAGGCUUUAUUAUAUCAUACAAGGAGACACACUGGGGAGAAACCCUACAGCUGUAAAAUUUGCAAUGAAAGGUUUGUCAAUUCCUCCUCAAGAGCAGAGCACAUAAAGUUUAAGCAUAUAGGACCUACUUUGAUGUGUGAUAUUUGUCCGAGAAAGUUUGUAACUCUACAUUUCUUAAAGCAACAUAUAAGCAGGCAUCAUGAUCCAACCAGCAAACUUUACUAUGGUAGGAACAUGAUUCCUCCAAACAUGCCCGGUGAACAGAAUAUGAGAACUUUUAAAGUUAAUGCACGAAAAUGACCUGUGUUUGGCUCUUCAAUGUCAUGUAUAAUCUGAAUUAAUAAGAUAUGUUGGCUUGAUUUAUCAU